UCCUCACAUUCCUCACCAAACCCCCUCAAAACACACCCACACGUACGCGCACACACAAAGACAAUGUCUCCUUUCAAAAUAUUCUUCUUUACGGCUCUUCUCGUGGCGGCGUUUUCAUUCUCCGCCGCUGAUUUCAAUACUGACGUCAACGUAGCUUGGGGAAAUGGCCGUGGGAAGAUACUCAACAACGGCCAGCUUCUUACUCUCUCUUUAGACAAAUCCUCUGGUUCUGGUUUUCAAUCCAAAACAGAGUAUUUGUUUGGAAAGAUUGAUAUGCAGAUUAAGCUUGUUCCUGGUAACUCAGCAGGAACAGUCACAACUUUUUACCUAAAAUCUGAAGGAUCGACUUGGGAUGAGAUUGAUUUUGAGUUCUUGGGUAAUAUGAGUGGAGAUCCUUAUACUUUACACACUAAUGUUUACACUCAAGGCAAAGGUGACAAAGAGCAACAAUUCUAUCUCUGGUUCGACCCAACCGCAAAUUUCCACACUUACUCAAUCCUCUGGAACCCUCAAAGAAUCAUAUUGACCGUCGAUGACACACCGAUUAGAGAGUUUAAAAACCAUGAGUCUAUCGGUGUCUUGUUUCCAAAGAACAAGCCGAUGAGGAUGUACGCAAGUUUAUGGAACGCAGACGAUUGGGCAACUAGAGGCGGUCUUGUUAAAACUGAUUGGUCUAAAGCUCCAUUCAUGGCUUCUUACAGAAACAUUAAGAUCGACUCGAAACCAAACUCCAACUGGUACACUCAAGAAAUGGAUUCAACAAGCCAAGCUAGACUCAGAUGGGUUCAGAAGAAUUACAUGAUCUACAAUUAUUGUACUGACCAUAAGAGGUUUCCACAGGGAGCCCCUAAGGAAUGCACAACAAGCUCAUAGAAUCUUUAUUUAUUUAUCUACCUUCCUCUCUUUCUUCUAUGUGAAAUUGUGAAUGCUCUGUUUCUUGCUUGUCUAUUAUGUCUGAGAAUUUCUUUUUCUUUUUAUGGUUUUUGAUUCUUUUCAUUGUAUAUCUUUGUCCAAUAAAGGAAACGAUGUGUCUUUACUCUUAUAGAUAUGUAUAAAAAGAUGUCCCUGUU